GGCUACGGCACCUGGCAGGGGUUCAAAAUUUCCAUUCUUGCGAUGAAACAACUACCUCGCUAGAGCGCAGUAAACUCCGCCGUAUACCCUUCACCCGCCAUGGGCCUUGACGUGAAUAGCUGCUCUACGCCGCAACAUAAGCCCGAAGAAGAGGUUGUUAUUAUUGGCUGCCGUAAAUCGGAGCUCGCCCUUGUCCAAACUCGUUCGAUCAUAUUUAAGCUGGGCCACACGCUCGACCCCUCUGCCAACUUUCAAAUUGCCACAGGCAGUGUCGUUGGCGAUGCCGAUAAACAGACAUCCUUUGCGGUCCUUUCCAAGCUGACAGGUGGCUCAGAUAUUGGUAAAAGCCUAUGGACAAAUGACCUGGAAUUGGACUUGGUGGCCGGCAAGGUCCACUGUCUGGUCCACAGUUUAAAGGACAUGCCGACAACGCUACCACCGCAUUGUCUUCUGGGAGCGGUCCCCGAGCGUGAGGACUGUUCCGAUGCUGUUUGUAUGCGGCCCGAUUUGAAGUUCACAUCCAUCGAUCAAUUACCACCCGGUUCCAUAGUGGGAACCAGCUCUUCCAGGAGGAAAGCUCUAGUUCGGCGGAUUUGGCCUCAUUUGGAGGUGGUAGAAUGUCGCGGCAACGUAGAUACUCGCCUUGCUAAGCUUGACGCACCUUCUUCCCCGUUUUCAUGCAUUCUCUUGGCGACCGCAGGACUGUUACGUCUGGGACUCGGUCAUCGAAUCACGCAUCGACUUGAUACUAGUAUAUUCCCUUAUGCAGUAGGUCAGGGCGCCCUCGGGGUUGAGAUUAGCACGAACCGUCCGGAUAUACUCGAGCUGGUCCGCCAUGUCGACCAUAAGCCGUCGAGGUGGCGCGGGUUGGCGGAGAGAGCGAUGCUUCGAAGUCUCCAGGGAGGAUGCUCGUCACCAAUCGGCGUGCGGUCUUCUAUGGAGCCCCUGAAAGAAGAAAACAGGUUGAUAGAGGGCACAAAACGAGGCCGUGAUGGUAGCGGCGGCCACCUUAGCUUGCACGCCAUGGUGCUGCAUAUAGAAGGAACAUCGGAGAUUGUUGCUGAGGAUGCGGCUACUGUUCAAUGCGACGAAGAAGCAGAGCAACUUGGCGUCUCAGUCGCGAACAUGCUUCUUCGCAAGGGGGCCCGGAGCCUAAUUCCAAAACAACUCUAGUUUCAACUUUUUACCCUGGAACGCAUAAACAAAGAAAAGAACCAGCCUCAGAUACCGUCCUUACAAAAGCAUGACUGACAUAGAAUUAGCUCCUUGCAGACUUUACAAAGAUGUACCGUAGAACUGUUUCACUUUCAGGUGCAAUAUAAUUACUUCGCGAGACCAUCUUUCAAUU